GUAAUUCCAGAAACAAAAGAAACCACAGCAUGGAUCUCUGGAACUCCACCUUGGGAAGUGGCUUCAUCCUGAUGGGGAUUCUGAAUAGCAGCGGGUCUUCUGAAGUGCUCUGUGCCACAAUUGCAAUCGUGUACACGCUGACCCUGACCAGCAAUGGCCUUCUGCUCCUGGUCAUCACAAAGGACGUCAGGCUUCACGUGCCCAUGUACCUUCUGCUCAACCAGCUUUCUCUCAUGGACCUUCUGUUUGCAUCUGUGUUUACCCCCAAAACCCUGGUGGAUUACCUGCGCGAGGAGAACACCAUCUCCUUUGGGGGCUGUGCUUUUCAGAUGUUUAUGGUCCUCACCCUGGGUGGUGCAGAGGACCUUCUAUUGGCCUUCAUGGCCUAUGACAGGUACGUGGCCAUUUGUCAUCCUCUGAACUAUAUGGUGUUUAUGAGGCCCAGGGUCUGCUGGUUCAUGGUGGCCACCUCCUGGACUCUGGCAUCUCUGAAUGCUCUGGUACAUACCUCAUACACUAUGCACUUCCCUUUCUGCAUGUCCCGGCAAAUUGACCACCUGCUCUGUGAGAUCCCACCUCUACUGAAGUUGGCUUGUGCUGAUACCUCAAGAUAUGAGUUCAUGGUGUAUGUGAUGGGUGUGACCUUUCUCCUGCCUCCCCUCGCUACGAUCCUGGCCUCCUAUACAUUUGUCCUCAUUGCUGUCCACCGCAUGUCUUCAGGUGAGGGAAAGCAGAAAGCCCUCGUCACAUGUUCUUCUCACUUGACUGUGGUAGGAAUGUACUACGGGGCAGCCAUGUUUAUGUACAUCUUGCCAAGUUCCUACCACCGUCCUCAGCAGGACAACAUCCUCUCUGCAUUUUAUAUGAUUAUUACUCCGACCCUGAACCCUCUUAUCUAUAGUCUGAGAAACAAGGAGGUGAUGGGGGCCCUCCACAGGGUCUUCGGGAGAUGUCACUCUUCGCAGAUACGAUAA